AUGCCCAACCCCAAAGCCAGCAAAGGCGGCCGCAAAAACAAGCGCGCCAACAGCAGCGGGGACGAGCAAGAAAAUGGAGCCGGGGCCCUGUACCGGUUUUCAUUCUACCCUGUGUUCCCCUACCCACCCGCCUCUGCCCCGAGUGAAGAAGAGUCUAAUUCCCGGUGGAUCCGGGCUUGCUCUGCCUACUGCCACAGUUUGGAAAUGAAGGAAGCAGCAUUGGGCAGAGGCAGCAAGCAAUUGCAAGCAGAGGCAGAUGCAGUUACCACCGAGACCACCACCGAGACUGAAUCAGAGACCUCACUCAAUUCUCCUAGUCGUCAGGCAGGUGAGGUGGGCUGUGAUGAUCACAACCUUUCGGGUGUCACAGGUUUCAGCGGAGACGUCAGGCCUCCUUCGUGUUCCAUGCACUUGUUCUGGUACGCUUUUGUGCAAAGGAAGUCUUUUAGUCUUCCUUUCUUUAAUGUGAAAAUAAUUGAAGCCCCUUGUGCUACACCCCUGAUCUGCAGCUUUGGGCGGCCGGUUGACCUGGAGAAGGAUGACUCCCAGAAGGUGGUGUGCAACAAUGAGCACUGCCCCUCCAGCACCUGGAUGCACCUGCAGUGCUUCUACGAGUGGGAGAGCAGCAUCCUGGUCCAGUUCAACUGCAUCGGCCGGGCACGCAGCUGGAAUGAGAAGCAAUGUCGCCAGAACAUGUGGACAAAGAAGGGCUAUGAUCUGGCCUUCCGCUUCUGCUCCUGCCGCUGUGGCCAAGGCCACCUAAAGAAGGACACAGACUGGUAUCAGGUGAAGAGGAUGCAGGAUGAGAAAAAGAAGAAAUCUGGGUCAGAGAAGAACACAGGAAAGCCGCCGGGUGAGGCCGUGGAGGAAGCGAAAAAGUGCAGGCCGCAGAGCAAGCCCCAAAAGGGCCUGAGCCAUGACCUCCCUCGACGGCAUUCCAUGGACAGGCAGAACUCCCAGGAAAAAGCUGUCAGUUCUGUGGCCUAUGGUGCCCGCUCACCCUGUGCCUCCCCUGGCCAGUCCCCACCCACCGGCUACUCCAUCCUCGCCCCUGCCCACUUCAGUGGACCCCGCUCCUCGAGAUACCUUGGGGAGUUCCUCAAGAAUGCCAUACAUCUUGAGCCUCACAAAAAAUCCUUGGCUGGGGGCCACGUGUUCAGAAAUGCCCACUUUGAUUACAGUCCAGCUGGGUUGUCAGUCCACAGGGGCGGGCACUUUGAUGCUCCUGUGCAGUUCCUACGGCGGCUUGACCUCUCUGAGCUGCUCAACCACAUCCCGAGGCAUAAAUUGAACACUUUCCACGUGCGGAUGGAAGACGAUGCCCAAGUGGGCCAGGGCGAGGAUCUGCGGAAGUUCAUUCUCGCGGCCCUCAGUGCCAGCCAUAGAAAUGUUGUAAACUGUGCUUUGUGCCACCGAGCGCUCCCGGUGUUCGAACAGUUCCCACUGGUGGAUGGAACUCUGUUCCUAAGCCCAUCGAGACAUGAUGAGAUUGAAUAUGAUGUUCCUUGUCACCUUCAAGGGAGGCUCAUGCACUUGUAUGCAGUGUGUGUGGACUGCCUGGAAGGGGUGCACAAGAUCAUCUGCAUCAAGUGUAAGUCCCGAUGGGAUGGCAGCUGGCACCAGCUGGGCACUAUGUACACCUACGACAUCCUGGCCGCCUCGCCCUGCUGUCAGGCCCGCCUGAACUGUAAGCACUGUGGGAAGCCCGUGGUCGACGUGCGGAUCGGGAUGCAGUAUUUCUCCGAAUACAGUAACGUCCAGCAAUGCCCACACUGUGGGAACCUGGACUACCAUUUUGUGAAGCCAUUCUCCUCCUUCAAAGUCCUUGAAGCUUAUUGA